AAAAAGUGGUCGUUAGGGUUUAACCCUUUCAAACGACGUCGCUGCGCCUCACGGAGUAAAGUCCGGGCAAAGUUUCCCCGCCCUGCUUCCUUCCUUCCCCAGCUCCAAGUCUCCAGACUCUCCAUUGCAAUACAAUUCUUCAACUUAUCGAACACUUUCUCUUCGUUUCUCGGGAAAAUACUUCAAUUUUCUGAUUGCAAUGAACGAAUACAUCGGUGAUGAAACAAACAAUGCACAAGAACAAAAGGAACAUGAAAUAGAAGACCCCGAGCUGUGUAGACUUCUUGUACCAAAAGCAGAAGAUCUGCCUCUCAUCCCUCCCUCUUCUGUUGAAUCCAACUUUGUCUCUUAUUUCGCUCCAGAUUUUAUGAAGCCAGGACAUGACCAGUACAUUUAUCGCCAUGCCAAUGGAUUGUGUGUGAUUGGCUUGGCUCCAACACAUGUGGCUCUUAAGGAAGAAGGGGGUAUCACAGCUGUUGAUUUCAAUGUUGGGAAAUCUGAUCGUAGUGGGAUAAAGGUUACUGGAAAACGCAAGAAGAAUGCACAACACUUGGAGUCCAACUCAGCCUUGUGUAAAGUUUGCACCAAUGAUGCUACUUAUAUUGUGAGGUGUUGCGUAAAAGGUUCACUAUUGGAAGUGAAUGAUAGAUUAAUCAAGCAGCCAGAUUUGCUUAAUUCAGCAGCAGAUAGAGAAGGAUAUAUUGCCAUUAUCAUGCCAAAGCCAGCAGAUUGGCUCAAAGUCAAGGAUUCGCUGUUAAGCCUUGAAGAUUACAAAAAGCUGAGGGAAGUUUCAUGACUUGUCAUAAAGUUGGCAAAUUCCCCUCUUUUAUCACCGAUCCUGGAUGAAAAAGAGAGAACAUUGAAAUCUGCUGUCUAUCAUGGUGCAUACGAGAUUACCCAUCACUUACUCCUUGCUUGUGGGUGUCACAGCUUUGAUAUCUUGUGGCUUUUGGCAGUUUCAACGCAUACGAUUGGUACAUUUUCUCCCCUGCUUCCGUAUCAUGUAUACCAUUAAAGUUAUAUUAUUUCUGAAAAUAAUGAUGGUUUUAAUAAAGAAAAUUGCAGUA